CCCCGAAGCUCUGGGUCCCGGGAUUAGCCGCCAGCGUGCUGGGCUCCGGCACAGAGCAGGGCAGGCCGGGAGCGGAGCCCGGGGCGAUGCGCGGGGCGGGAGCUGCUCCCAGGGGCAUCGCCUGGGCGGCUGAGGGGCCAGCAUGUGGGAGCAGGUGCGCAGAGCUCUGCUGAACUCGCUGUCCACGACCUCCCAGCGCGUCUGGAAGUGGGUUCGGGCUUUCUGGCAGAAAAAUGGCCUCUUGACGCUGUCGAUGCUGUCGGUUGCCACCGGCUGCCUCCUGGGGUUCCUGCUGCGGGCGCUGGAGCUGACAGAGCUGGAGAAGCAGUAUUUCUCCUUUCCUGGAGAGCUCCUCAUGAGGAUGUUGAAGAUGCUGAUCCUGCCCUUGAUCACCUCCAGCCUCAUGUCCGGACUGGCCACCAUGGACUCCAAGGCCUGCGGGAAGAUGGGGGUGAUCACCAUCACCUACUACCUUUGGACAACCUUCAUGGCGGUGACGGUCGGGAUCAUCCUCGUGGUCAGCAUCCACCCCGGCGCGGCUGCACAGAAGGACAACUAUUCUGUAGGCAAAGUGGUGCUGAGCUCCGCCGACGCGCUGCUGGAUUUAAUCAGAAACAUGUUUCCUUCCAAUCUCAUCGAAGCUUCGUUCCAGCAGUACCGAACCGUUCUCGUCCCAGUGGUGAAGUCUCCCGGUUUUCCAAAAAUCCCAGGGAAAUCUCUCAGUUUCAUUUACUUUGCACCGGACGAUGAAAACCCUGAAAUUCACCGGCCUGUGUUCCUCGAGCUGACCCCAUCUCCUGAGAUGACCUACAGGACCCUGCCCGGGACCAGCAACGAGAUGAACGUCUUGGGAAUCGUCAUCUUCUCAGCAACUAUAGGACUUCUCCUGGGAAAAAUGGGCGAGCGAGGAGCCCCGCUGGUUAACGUGUGCCAGUGCCUCAACGAAGCCGUGAUGAAAAUUGUCUCCAUGGCAGUUUGGUACUUCCCCUUCGGCAUUGUUUUCCUCAUCGCUGGGAAGAUCCUGGAGAUGGAAGAUCCAUCGGUGAUAGGGCAGAAGUUGGGACUUUAUGCCAUCACAGUGGUGUCGGGGCUUGUCAUCCAUGGACUCAUCCUCUUGCCGCUGCUUUUUGUGCUCAUCACCAGGAAAAACCCCUAUGCUUUCAUCCAGGGGAUACUGCAAGCCUUGCUCAUCGCCUUGGCUACGUCUUCCAGCUCAGCCACCUUGCCCAUCACGCUCAAGUGUCUCCUGGAGAACAACGGCAUCGACCGGCGCGUGGCGCGAUUCGUCCUCCCCGUGGGCGCCACCAUCAACAUGGACGGCACCGCGCUGUACGAGGCGGUCGCUGCAAUCUUUAUUGCCCAGGUCAAUGAAUUCGAAUUGGAUUUGGGACAAAUUAUAACCAUAAGCAUAACAGCAACAGCAGCGAGCAUCGGGGCGGCCGGGAUCCCCCAGUCCGGGCUGGUGACCAUGGUCAUCGUGCUGACUUCUGUGGGGCUGCCGACCGACGAUAUCACACUGAUCAUCGCCGUGGACUGGGCUCUGGAUCGGUUUCGAACCAUGACCAAUGUCCUCGGUGACGCUCUGGCUGCCGGCAUCAUCGCACACGUCUGCGAGAAAGACUUCGCCCCCAAGCCCCCCACGCAAGACCCUGCAAGCAACACGGAGAAGUUUCCUCCUGUAGAGGCCUCACACCUGCACCCCAAAGACCACGUCAUUGAGAUGAUCGAAGAAACAUUGUUGGAUCAGACGGGGGUUCACUACAACAUCUGUCAGGUGUAGGUCACAGCGUUCCUGCUCCCGGGAGCGGGGUCCUGGUGCUAAACACUGACAUGCUGAAUGUCACACGUGGAUGGUCUGCGGGGUCAAGGCCUUACCUGGCACACAGUGGGAGAAUCCUCUUGGUCCUCUGAGGACGCGGGACUGCAGCUCCGGGACACGGCCGGACCGGCGCCCCGACCGCAGCAGCCGCCGGCGCCUCGGGGUUUUCCACCUCGCUGCUCUUCAAGCCCGGCUCUUUUGGAAGCUUAGAGGCUGCUAGAAAACUGGAACCGUACCAGACGAGAAAGCAAGAAAUAUCAGACAAAGUCAGACACCUUAGGUCAGCUGCCCUUACCUGCUGGCCAGGCUGCACUUGAUAAGGUUUUAUUUUCUUUAUUAUAGAGUGUUUUGUUUUUUUUUUUUUAAAUUACUAGGUUCUCAUCUAAAAGCUCAGAUUAAGUGAAUUUUGGUCCAUAGCUCAAAACCCAAGUUGGACAUAACCGGAUUUUCCAGCCGUCACCCACACAGGGCAGCCGGCUGGAGCGUCCCCCGCGCUGCCAGCGAGGCUGAUGUGAACGGGGCCGCAGGGACCAGCUGCUCACGGGUUUUACUCCAACUAACUGACCAGGCCAAGUCGCAACUGCAUUGAUUUUCCCAGCGGAGGAUCAGUCCCUAAGUCCAAAUUCCAAUUACAGCCUUAAAAUCCAGGCUUCCCAGGGCAGCCCUCUCCACAAAAGCCUUUUAUACCAAUGAUUCAUGUCGCUGAAUUCAUUUCUCUCUCCAAAUGCCAUCUCACCACCUUCCCCCCUCUUGCUUUGUCUUUGCGCCCACAGCGUUAAGUCAUGGAAGCAGCUUAAGCUCCUGCUAACAUCACCGUUCUUCAGUUGCACAUUCAGAAAAAACUCCUGUGCAUAAUCUUUCAUGUUGGAGUCGGGUGUUUUAAAAUAUUUUCUAAUGUAGAAGAAAAUAUUAAUUGCACUUUUGCCAAAUGAACAGCAGAAGUUAUUAAACAUCAUGAACCAG